CCAAAACCCUCGGUUCUUCUGCUUGGGGUUUAGGAUUCGUCAGAUUUCGAUCGGAGAGAGAAGGGAGGGGGAGAUGGGGAGGAGGAUAUUGAACGAUGCGUUGAGGAAGAUCGUGAAUGCGGAGAGACGAGGAAAAUCUUCCGUGGAGCUGAAGCCCAUCUCCACCGUCAUGUCUUCGUUCCUGAAGAUCAUGAAGGAGAAAGGAUAUAUCAAGAACGUUCAAGUCUAUGAUCCACAUAGAGUUGGCAGAAUAACGGUUGAACUUCAAGGGAGGGUGAAUGACUGCAAGGCUCUCACCUACAGGCAAGACAUCAAGGCAAGAGACCUUGAACAGUAUACCGAACGCACACUUCCAACUCGUCAGUGGGGUUAUGUCAUUCUUACAACUCCGGAUGGCAUUUUGGAUCACGAGGAAGCCGCUAAACGGAACGUGGGUGGUCAAGUUCUUGGUUUCUUCUACUGAAUAUCCGAUACACCAUAUCGCGAGAAGUUCUAGGUAUGGAAGAAAAAUGAAGUUUGAUUCCCAAUCCUGUGAGAAACCUGACAUAUCUCUUGCUUCUUUUGCAUUUGUCUACCUGUUUCUUGCAUUGUCUCUGAACAAGAUGACACCUCUAAAGAACAGCUUCAUUGUUAGAUGGGAAUGUCCCAUUACGACAACAUUUCGAGUAGUAACAUCUAUGGGUUUGGAAAUGGCAUCAUAUUUGUUAAUGUU